AUGCAAGAAGUUAUAAAUGAAGAAGAUGUGCUGUCGCUGCCUACACUGGAGCUGCAGCAGAAGCGGCGGCAGCAGCUGCAGCAGCAGCAGCAGCAGCAGACACAGCAACUCAUGCAGCAGCUCACUCUGCUGCCUGCAUGCGUUGUUGUUUACCUCGUUCUUCAUGGGGCUGCCCCCGUUGACUUGCUGCACCGAAAGCGGCGUUUGCUGCUGUCAGAGCCCGAGCCAGCAGCAGCAGCAGCAGCAGCAGCAGCAGCAGCAACAGCAGCAGCAGCAGCAGCAGCAGCAGAUGAUGAUCUUGCUGCUGAAGUUGUGGCGUUUUGUCAUGCAUGCGUGUGGCUACCAUUUAAGCUGCAGGUGGAGACCCUCGAGGCGUUUGCAUGCAGCUGCAGCAGCAGCAGAAACAUCAGCAGCAGCAGCAGCAACAGCAGCAGCAGCAGCAGCAGCAGCAGCAGCAGCAGCAGCAUGCGUGUGUCUGCUGCGCGCUCCUUCUUGGGCUUCGUUACACUAGCAGCAUAUAUGGUGGCCCCCCACAAAGCGGCGUUGCUGCUGCCGCAGCUAACAGACACAGACUGCUUCAUCAAGCCUUGCUGCAGCAGCAGCAGCAGCAGCAGCAGCAGCAGCAGCAGCAGCAGCAGCAGCAAGAGUAGCAGCAGUUCAGGCCCCUACCGCGCAUGCAGUUCUCCCGGUUCGUCUGCUGCUGAAUACAACAGCAGCAGCUGCAGCAGCAGCUGCAGCUGCCAGGGUAUUCAAUGCAACAGCAGCAACAGCAGCAGCAGCAGCAGCAGCAGCAGCAGCAGUAUUUCUUCUUGCUGUUUGUCUCUAUGCGGUGAGUUUGCUGCUUUUCCUGCUGCAUGCAGCGACAGCAUAGAAAGAGAAGAUUCUCUUUUUGCUGCUGCAGCAGAGCCGGGGUGUAUGUACACCUCGCAGCACGGCAUCAAACACAUACUAGCAAUGCAUCAUCGUUGGCUCUGCUUCACCGCCCGCAGCAGCAGCAGCAGCAGCAGCAGCAGCAACAGAGACUGCUUCAUCAAGCCUUGCUGCAGCAGCAGCAGCAGCAGCAGCAGCAGCAGCAGCAGCAGCAGCAACAGCAGCAGCAAGAGUAGCAGCAGCUCAGGCCCCUACCGCGCAUGCAGUCCUCCCGGUUCGUCUGCUGCUGAAUACAACAGCAGCAGCUGCAGCAGCAGCUGCAGCUGCCAGGGUAUUCAAUGCAACAGCAGCAGCAGCAGCAGCAGCAGCAGCAGCAGCAGUAUUUCUUCUUGCUGUUUGUCUCUCUGCGGUGAGUUUGCUGCUUUUCCCGCUGCAUGCAGCGACAGCAUAGAAAGAGAAGAUUCUCUUUUUGCUGCUGCAGCAGAGCCCGGGUGUAUGUACACCUCGCAGCACGGCAUCAAACACUUACUAGCAAUGCAUCAUCGUUGGCUUUGCUUCACCGCCCGCAGCAGCAGCAGCAGCAGCAGCAGCAACAGCAGCAGCAGCAGCAGCAGCAGGGGCAAGGAGCAGCAUGAGUGCUGCUGCUGCUAUCCGGGGAGAGAGCAGUCUGUGUUGCAGCUUGUGGUUGACGGUACAGCAGCAGCAGCAGCAGCAGCAGCAGCAUCUCCAGCAGCAGCAGCAGCAGCAGCAGCAGCAGCAGCAGGAGCAGAUACAUCUUUUAUUCCUUGCAUGCAGCCGCUGCUGCUGCUGCAUGCAGCACUCACGGGGCCCCACAGUUUCUUUUGUUUUAACUUCGCCCCCAAUUUGUUUUAUCUUGACUCCUUAAGACCCCGCAGCAUACAAGAAACCAGCAGCAGCAGCAGCAGCAGCAGCAGCAGCAGCAGCAGCAGCAGCAGCAGCAGCAGUAGUAGCAGCAGCAGCAGUAGUAGUAGUAGCUUGGGUGAUAGUAGUACUGCUUUUGCUGCAGCAGCGGGUGGUGUGGGGGAUCGACAGCAGCAGCACAGCAGCAGCAGCAGCAGCAGCAGCAGCAGCAGCAGCAGCAGCAGCAGCAGCAGCAGCAGCAGGGUUAGUAACCGUAUUGUUGAUAGUAAUGAUAUAUGUUUAUUAUUUAAUUCUUUUGUAGAUAAAAUAAAAAAAGAAGAAAAAAAACAAAAAAAAUAUAUUUAUGGCGAAGAGUGCAGAGAAGUUUUUUUGUUAGAGAGAAGAGACAGCCUAUUACUACAGGCCCAUCUACCUUCAUAUUUGCUGCUGCAGCAGCAGCAGCAGCAGCAGCAGCAGCAGCAGCUGUGCUGCAGCAACAGCAGCAGCAGCAGCAGCAGCAGCAGGAGUGCUGCAAUGCUGCUAGCUGCAGCAGAAGCUCUCGCGCCGUCAGUUGCUCGUUUGCUGCAGGAGGAAGCAGAGCGCCGCCGCAACCGCAGCAGCAGCAGCAGCAGCAGCAGCAGCAGCAGCAGCAGCAGUAUUGGUAUUAGUUUGAGCUGCAGCAGAAGCUCUCGCGCCGUCAGUUGCUCGUUUGCUGCAGGAGGAAGCAGAGCGCCGCCGCACCCGCAGCAGCAGCAGCAGCAGCAGCAGCAGCAGCAGCAGUAUUGGUAUUAG